CGAGGAGCGCGCUCAUCUCCUCUUCCAUCUUUUCUCCGCCUCUCCAUCCUCCUCCACCUGCUCUCGGAUACCUGAGCUCGCCUCACCUGGCGGGGACGCACCGACAGUCGCGAAGCCGAGCUCCGGGUGACGAUGGCCGGCUGAGGGCUGCGCUUUCCUCGGGAGCCUGCAGGUGCGGGACGUGCGCGCUGGAUGUACCGCCGGAGGACGAAGACGAGCUGGACUUUUGCUGGUCCUGUGGAGAUGGACGCGGCCGGAAGGUUCUGCUAGAACCGAACAGGAGCAUUUGGGUCGGAACCACAACCAGGAGAGGGAAUAAUGCGCAGAGUGUGGAUCCUCCUAGUUCUCAUAGAAGAGAGCCUUGCUUUGGCACAAAGAACUAAAGUGUCCGUGGGCGAGCAUGGCGUCUCCCCGCAGAGUCCCAACCAGAACGAGUGCGGCACGUGGGUGCGCAACAUCAACGGCGGCGUGUUCACCUCGCCAAACUACCCCAACACGUACCCGCCCAACAAGGAGUGCGUCUACAUCCUGGAAGCGUUGCCGCGACAACGGAUCCAGCUGGCGUUCGACAAGAAUUAUUACAUCGAGCCGUCCUUUGAGUGUCGCUUCGACCACAUCGAGAUCCGCGACGGCCCCUUCGGCUUCUCGCCGCUCAUGGAGCGCUUCUGUGGCGGCAAGAACCCAGACCUAAUCACCUCCACCGGCCGCUUCAUGUGGAUCAAGUUCACCAGCGAUGAGGAGCUGGAAGGACUCGGCUUCAGGAUCAAGUACACCUUUGUUGCAGACCCUGACUUCCAUCUGCAUGUCGGCGGACUCUUAAAUCCCAUCCCAGACUGUCAGUUUGAGCUGGCGGGCUACGACGGCAUCAUCCGCUCCAGCCAGGUGGACGAGGCCAAGCGCGUGAAGCCUGGAGACGCCCUGGACUGCAUCUGGACUGUCAGGGCCCCGCCACAGUCCAAGAUCUACCUGCGCUUCAUGGAGUACCAGAUGGAACACUCCAACGAGUGCAAGAAGAACUUUGUGGCCAUUUACGACGGCAGCAGCGCCAUCGAGAACCUGAAGGCCAAGUUCUGCAGCACGGUGGCCAACGACGUGAUGCUGGAGACGGGCGUGGGCGUGGUGCGCAUGUGGGCCGACGAGAAGAGCCGACUCAGCCGCUUCCGCAUGCUCUUCACCUCCUUCGUGGACCCUCCGUGCUCGGCCAACACCUUCUUCUGCCACAGCAACAUGUGCAUCAACAACUCGCUGGUGUGCAACGGCGUGCAGAACUGCGUCUACCCCUGGGACGAAAACCACUGCAAAGAGAAGCGAUCGAGCGGUCUCUUCCAUCAGAUCACCAAGACCCACGGCACCGUCAUCGGCGUCUCGUCCGGGAUCGUCCUGGUUCUGCUCAUCAUCUCCAUCCUGGUCCAGAUGAAGCAGCCCAGGAAGAAGGUGGUCGCCCGCCGGCCCGGCGUCUUCAACAAGGCGGGCCUGCAGGAGGUUUUCGACCCGCCGCACUACGAGCUCUUCUCCCUGCGCGACAAGGAGUUGUCGUCGGACAUGGCCGACCUGUCGGAGGAGCUGGACAGCUUCCACAAGGUGCGGCGCUCGUCCACCAUGUCGCGCUGCGUCCACGAGCACCACUGCGGCUCGCAGGGCUCGGUGGCGCCGGGCGGCGGCGGCGGCGGCGGCGGCAGCAUGAAGCACAGCCGCACCACGCUCAGCUCCAUGGAGCUCUCCUACCACAACGACUUCUCCAAGCCGCCGCCCAUGAAGACCUUCAACUCCAGCGGCACGUACAAGAAGAGCUGCUACGGCUACAAGCCGCAGACUCACGACUGCGACCAGCAGGUCAUCGAGGACCGCGUCGCCGAGGAGAUCCCCUGCGAGAUCUACGGCCGCGGGGGCGGCGGAGGAGCGGCGGGCGGCAUGGGAGGAGCCUCCGGCAUCGCGGGGGGAGGCAUCGGGGGAGCGGUGGGCAUCACGGGCGGGGUGGCCCUCGCCGGGGGGAUGGGCAUGGCGGGCGGGAUGGCGAUGGCGGGGCCCAGCGGCAUCGCGGGGGGGAUCGGCGGCGGGAUGGCGGGAAACUGCGGCACCCUCACCAUCCGCGGGAGCAGCGCUCGUAACAGCGCCAACGUGGUGGACCCCCAGCAGCGCUCCAUGUCCAUGGACUUCUAGAACCUGUUGCAUGAAGACCACGUCUGACAUCCACUCACCAGAUGUAGAAUAUUUAUCCAUGUAAAUAUACGUAGCACAUAUUUAUUUCUUCCCUUAAGUGUUAGUCUCCUCACCAGCGCUCGGCUUGUUCAAGUCUUUUGCCGUCGGGCAGAUUUCUAUGACGAAAAGGCCAAAAUCCCAGGCUCCCUGAACGCCGCACGGCCCCGACCAGCGCGGCUUUUCCACGACUUCUUCCUUCACGUUCUCGCGCAAAGGGGUGUCCAAAGUGCGGCACCAGGGCCAUUUUACAAAUUUAAUUGUGAAGAAAAUGACAAGAAAAACAUCAAAAAGUGGUAUUAAAAAAAAAGGAAAUAGUUUAAAUAUGUCAAAAAAUUUUGCAAUAUUGACAUUAAUAACACAAAACUGCUAUGUCGGCAGUUUUUUUUUUUUUAACUUUAAAACUGUCAUUGCUCAAAAAAUAAUAUAAAUUAUAAUUGACAGAUAGAUCUGGAGUUGGUCUACAGAUUUAAAAA